UAAUGAUAAUUGCUGGCAAUUUCAAAUAAUACAAAAGCAAAGACAAUAAAAAAGAAACCGAGAGCGUGAAGUACAACAAAAUGUUAAACGAUGACGUCAUUCUAUAGACAGGAACUUAUCAAGGUAGGAAACACAUCAAAAGAUAAUAUACUCUACGAUAACUGUAUUCGCGUAAUUUUAUAAAGUUUGAAGUGUGAACGAUAAAAUAGUCAGUCAUUAAGAGUAGAUGCCACACUCAUUGCUCGCUCAUCCGUUCUAUUAACAAUAUCUUAAAUCGCGUAAUCUUUUUAUUAAACAAACGACAAAUUAUCUGUGCGAAUACAAAUAACCGGCUCGAUCUGCCCAAUGGCGAAGGUCGCGAAUUCUGGUUACGACUUAUGUAAACGUACCGUACAACCGAUCGACAAUAAACAUAACAAUAAUUUUAUAGUUACCUAUCAAAAUCAUUCUUACGAUAUACAGGAUUUUCUUCAUUAUCAUCCUGGAGGAAAAAAAGUAUUAACUUAUUUCAAAAAUCAAAGCUUAGAUAAAGCGUUCAAAGAAAAUCCUCAUUCGCAAGCAGCGUUUCACCUGUUGGAAGAUUUUACGGUGGAAAAUGAAGAAAAGUAUCAGAAAUACGAAAAUCUGAUCGAUUGGAAUAUAUCUAUACUUGGACAAGUAAGUUCGUUAGGUGAAAAUUAUUGGGAAUGGGUCAAUUUACCGGUGAAUCGAAAAAUUAGACUUUUCGAGUCAAACUUAUUAGAGACUUUAACGAUUACUCCUUGGUACGUAAUUCCGCUUGUAUGGAUACCGGUAAGCAUCUAUUUCUUUUAUUCAGGAUGGAUGCAAAUUAAUUUCAACGAUACUGAUAAUCAUUUUACUGAAAGUACCUCGAUUGAAAUUUUAACUUCUUAUAUAUUUGGUAUAUUGAUAUGGACUCUAUUAGAAUACGUGGUUCAUCGUAAAAUUUUUCACUUUAAACCACCUAAUUCUUCAAAAUUACUUAUUACUUUGCAUUUUUUACUCCAUGGAAUUCAUCAUAAGACACCAUUCGAUAAUAGAAGAUUAGUAUUUCCACCUGUGCCAGCUUUGUUAAUAGCAAUAUUAUUAUUUCAUAUUUAUAAAAUAAUAUUUCCUCAAACAACUUUUUAUUUUAUUAUCGCUGGUACAGCAACAGGCUAUAUGAGUUAUGAUUUAAUACAUUAUUAUCUACAUCACGGUGCGCCAAAAGCUGGAACAUAUUUUUAUUUAUUGAAAAGAAUUCAUAAUUAUCAUCAUUUUUCACAUCAUGAAUUAGGUAAGAUUAUUUUUGUUUUCGAAAUAUUAAACAAAUUUACUGUAAAAUUAUGUUUUUUAGGUUUUGGUAUCAGCUGUAAACUAUGGGAUUAUAUAUUUGGAACGACUAUUUGUUUGCGAAAAUUGACAAAACCGAUUGAAUGGUAAAUCGAUCAAUGAAAAAUAAUUUAUAAAUUAAAAAUAAAAACUUUUUAUAACAAAUAAGUACAAAACAAAAUAAAUAAUUAAAGUCAAUCUACGAUCGAUCUUUCGAUCAUAAUACGAUCGUUCGAUAAUAUACAUUUUAAGUACAAACAAGAAAUAAAAUGUAGAAUAUAUUAUACAUAAGAUCAAACAAUAAUUAAAAAAAAUUUUUAUAAACGUUUUUAUAUGCUACAAACCUGAACAAAUUAAUGCUUUAAGUACAUGAAUGUAUACUUAUUUUAUAUAAAAAUAAUUUGAGCAUAUCAAAUCAAUUAAUAUCAAUGAUUAAAAAUAUAACAUUGAUAUAAUAUAGAUAAUUAAAUAUGAUUAAUUAUGAUUAAUAGAUAAAUAAACAUAUUUAAGGUCCUUCAA